ACUUAUACGUCCGCAGCAAAACUUCGAAUUGUCAGUUCUUUAGCUUGGUGAUAAAUGCCAACAGACAAGAAAAUCAUUCCUAACACCUUGGGCCAAAUCACCAUGCCUGCUGUUUGUUUCAUAUUGGCUUUGACAUUCAUUGGUGUGGUUCAGGGAGUGAUCGUGGACACCCAGCAUGGACCAGUUUUGGGCACCAUUGAAACCAGCUUUGAAGGCCACGACUUCUUCGGAUUCCACAGUAUUCCUUAUGCCCAACCGCCCCUUGGAGAUCUUCGAUUCCGGGAUCCUUUGCCCUUUGGUGAUUGGGAGGGAGUGCUCAACGGCACAGAAGAUGGACCAGAAUGCAUUCAGAUCCCGGCACUCAUUGAAACUGGAUCGAUAGGGCAAGAGGAUUGCUUAUGGUUGAGCGUAUAUACGCCAAGUGUAGUUCCAGAUUCAAACCUACCCGUGGUGGUCUGGAUCCAUGGGGGACGAUGGUUGGUGGGAUCUGGACGUCAAAGCAGUUAUGGACCCCAUCAGCUCAUUGACCGGAGCGUGGUAGUGGUCCAGAUCCAAUAUCGGUUGGGAGCCCUUGGAUGGUUGAGCACCGAGGACUCGGUUGCCCCAGGAAACUAUGCUUUCAAAGACCAAGUACUAGCCUUGAAGUGGGUCAAGGCCAAUAUCCAUGCCUUUGGUGGGAACCCGGAACAAAUCACUCUUUUGGGACAGAGUGCAGGGGCCGCCAGUGCCCAUGCUCAUAUUAUCUCUCCUAUGAGUAAGGGGUUGUUCCAACGUGUCAUCUCCAUGAGUGGAACAGCCAACACCGCUUGGUCAGGAAAGCAAACCGAUCAUGAUCUAAUUGCCAAGAAGCAAGCCGAGUUUGUGGGUUGCCCAACCGACACCUCAGAGGCCCUGAUUGAGUGCCUCCGUACUGUGGACGCUGUCACAUUAACAACUUCCGCCACAGGGUUCUCCGAAUUCUUUCCUGACUCGGCAGCCAAAUUGCCAAUGGGUGCGUUUGAUCCUCGAGUCGAUGCAGAGGCCGAGGAACCAUUUUGGACCAUGGAUCCGGUCGAGGCAUUAACUUUGGGUAAAUUCAACGAAGACAUUGCCUUCAUGACUGGUUUGGCUUCCAUGGAGUCGAGCUGGUAUACUGUUGAGCUCUUUGGAGAGAUGUGGGCAGACAGAUUGGCUUAUGCCAAUGAAAAUCAGCAGGAAGUCUUGGCUUUGUUGUUUGCUCAUCCAAACAUUGCACCAGAGGACCAAGACAAGGCCUUCGAAUUCUACUUCAACCGGGAGAAGUGGAAUCGAACCGAACAUCGCGUCAAAGCUGCCGAAUUUAUGACUGACUCGCUCUUCAAUCUUGACGUGAUUCAAGGCGUCUAUCUGCAAUCUCGGCGAUCCUUCUCCAAUUUAUUUUUCUAUAAAUUUAACUACAUUGGCAGUUGGGGCUACGUUAAUAUGUACAACGAGAACCCGGCCGAUCACGGAGGAGUGGCCCACUUGGACGACUUACGUUAUGUCAUGAGCAUGCCUUGGGCUGGCCCUCAUAACGAAGAGGAUAAGGCCAUGGUCAAGUUGUACACAACCCUCUUUGCCAACUUCAUUCGGACUGGAGAUCCCUCCACUGAAGACAGGCAUUGGGCCCCGUACCUUCCAUCAGAGGGAGCUUACAUGAAUAUCAACUCGCCCAUUGAUGCCGAAAUGAGUCGAUGUCUGCCCAUUCCCGCCGACCGGCUCAAUCUUUGGCGGGAUAUGGUAAAAGUGCAAGAGAAUUUGCAAGAGGACUAUUUACCCGAAUGCUGAAUCAGUCAUAGCUAUCAAUAGAUUGUUGAAUUUUGAA